AUGAGCCGCAGCUCGCAGUGGUCACCGGCUGAGACGCCCCAGCAUCAUAACCAGGGCACCUCCUAUUUCCCUGCUACUUCCUCACAACCUUCCUCGUGGCAGCAUGCAUCUCCCUUGAAUGCCCGCAAUUCUUCCGCGACUCGGCGAGGUAUGCGAAGCAACAGCGUAAGCAGCUCUCAGGCCGCAUCCCGCAGGCGCAGGGACGACGACGCGUUCAGCGAGUACGACGAGCUCGACACCCCUUUCGAAGUUCAUGAACACGGACAAGACUAUGACCAGGAGCCCCGUCAGCGCCACCGUCGACCUGGCAAGGCAGUCGCCCCACCCAUCGAGUCUGCUGACUCUGGCGAUUCCGGUGACAACGACGACGACCCUGAAAACGAGAGAGAAGACGACGACCCCAUUACCGUCAAGGAGCGCCAGUCCCUCAUCAACGUCGAGCACCCCUUCGGUCUUCCUAUCUGGAAGCCUGCGUUGUACAAAAAGACGCGAUCGGUCACUCGCAAUGCAGACGCUGCGCUUCACUCCAUUCCCUCCGCACAGGCAGAGCGCCAUCUCUUGCCCGGCAAUUUGUUCUGGGUUGUUGCCUUUGGAUGGUGGCUCGGGGUAGCAUCAUUCAUUGUUGCCGCAAUCCUUUACAUCAUUCCACUUGGCGGCAAGAAGUACGCUAGAUUGGUCUAUGGUUUAGGUUGGUACAUCGCUUGGCCCUUCGGCAAGUACGUCGAAGGGGAUGCACCAGUGGAUGACGAAGAAGGCAACCAUCCGUGGGACGGUAACGCUGACGGUCUUCAAGUCCCAGAAGAUCACGACGCAGCCUCUACAGACACGGUUCGACAACGGGAUGACACCCAACCAAGGGUCCAAAUUGCAGAACAGCAUCCCCCUCGGGAGAGCAGUUCUCUUCUUCGACACCGUGAUUCGAAUCUCCCCGCCCCUAGCAAGUCUUAUGGUACAACCGUCUACACUCCUCCGGAUGAGUUCGGUACCUCGGCAGUGUCGACCCAGUCCAAGGCCAGCGACUGGCUGGGCAAAAUAUGCUUCUGGCUCGCUUUCAUCACCAUCCUCGCCCCUCUUCUCCUUAUCGUUUGCCUCAUAUGCUGGGCACUGGUUGUUACAAUCCCGAUGGCCAAGCUCAAUUGGCAGCUGAUCAAGUACCUGUUCACGCGACCCUUCACCAUCCGCUUCUGUGCGGCGCCCCCUGUCGUGGUGGUCAGCACUCCUCCCAACGAAAGUGCGGAUGGGGCAAACGCCGCGGAAGAACCUGCAGUCGCGCAUUUCUCCGUCAAGCACCCUCGUCUUUCCGAAGGUCAACUUGCUCCAACCGGAUCCCCAACGUCGACAGUAUUGCUUUGCGUCUAUAAGGCAGUUGGCCUUCAAUAUUACAAGUAUACCAUUGGAGGGGUCAACAUCCUCUUUGUGAACUUACUACCCAUCGUAUUCUUCGUCAUCUUCGACGGAUUCGUCCUCCUUCCAUGGGCCGAGAGGCUUGAACACCACGGACAGCAUGUUCCAGCGCUUUUGCGGAUGCUCACCUCGCACGCACUCAUCUUUCUGUUGAGCUUGCUCAGCGUCAUUCCCUUGUCCUACUUCAUUGGUAUGGCUGUUGCCUCUAUUUCAGCGCAGUCAUCCAUUGGUAUGGGUGCAGUCAUCAACGCAACCUUCGGUUCGAUCAUUGAAAUUAUCCUCUAUGGUAUCGCCUUGACCCAAGGAAAAGGCCGUCUCGUCGAAGGAUCCAUUGUCGGGAGUUUGUUGGCUGGUGUGUUGCUUAUGCCCGGCAUGAGUAUGUGCAGCAUGGCUCUUCGCAGGAAGGAACUCAGGUUCAACGCGAAGAGCGCUGGUGUGACGAGUAUGAUGUUGAUCAUGGCCAUCAUCGGUUGUGUAGCGCCCACCCUGUUUUAUCAGAUUUAUGGCAAUUUUCAACUGGUAUGUAGUGGCUGUCCGUCGACGCCCACAAACCCUGGAAAUGCGCCGUGGAUCUGUGACCAUUGCUACUACAAGCAUCCUGACCCUGUGGAUGACCCCUUCUACCAGUCCACGGUCAAAAACUUGAUGUUCUUCUGCACUGGAGUUCUGUUACUUUCGUACUUGAUCGGCCUAUGGUUCUCACUCAGGACCCAUGCUAGCCAAAUCUGGCAAAAUCCCCAGCCGCUGAUGCAGCCAAUGGAACUCCCCACUCACGGAAACCGGAUCUCUCAGCACAACAAAGUGGCCUCAAACAAUGUUCAGGGGACGCAAAUGCCCCCGUUGCACCGCAAAGGCAGUAAUGCAACGAACCCUGAGCCUGUAACGAGCACGGGCGCUCGUGAGCCAUCCCUUGGUGGCGCUUCGGGCCCCAGUUACUCGCCGACCUUCCCCCGAAGAGUUGCAUACGCUCCGCCAGUCAUGGAGAGUGUUGACCUUGCUGUCAAGAAUGCAGACUUGGCGAAUAUCCAACUUCCUCCGGCUAUGACCACGGACGACUUUACCAGAGCUGUCGCAGUUGCGACUGUCAGCGCUCUUCGCCAUCAACAAACCCACGCCAGUACUGGGAAGUUGCGCGCUUCCGUAGGGGAUGAAGCUGGUGGUCAUGGUGGUCAUGAUGCACCCUCUUGGAGCCGCACUGCCAGCGCUAGCGUUUUGUUGGCCUGCACUGCGUUGUAUGCUCUCAUUGCUGAACUCCUUGUUGACGUUGUGGACGUUGUCCUGAAAGGAUCAGGGAUCGACGAAAAGUUCCUGGGUGUUACACUCUUUGCUCUCGUCCCCAAUACGACCGAGUUCAUGAACGCCAUGUCGUUCGCCCUUAACGGAAACAUUGCUUUGAGUAUGGAGAUUGGUUCGGCCUACGCCCUACAGGUCUGUCUUCUGCAAAUCCCGGCGAUGGUCGCAUUCUCUGCUUGGCACGAUCCCGAGCACAUGGGUGAAGUCGCCAAAACAUUCUCCCUCAUAUUCCCCCGAUGGGAUGUCAUCGCUAUCAUCCUCUCGAUGUUCUUGAUGACUUACACCUACAUCGAGGCCAAGAGCAACUAUCACCGAGGCAGCAUCCUCAUCCUUAGCUACCUCGUUUUGCUUGCCGGUUUCUACUUUGCUCCCCCUUCGGCCGUAGACAUUGACACCGGGCAUUUAGAGACGCUGCAAGAAUAUCCUGCCAUGUUGAGCACCUGGCAGGCCAUCCGCUGGUACCUUACCCGCUGGUGGUACUAG